UACUACAAUCUCUGCUACUACAUAGUCUGGGUACAUGAUCCAACAACAUUCAUUGCUCCACGUGCAUUGUUUAAAAUUUUAUAUAUUGUGCUACAUAUAUUCAGAUAAAUUCUGUGAAAUUAUUUUAUAUAUAAUAUAUGUUUAAUGCUUUGUGUUAAUACAAUUUUGUGUUGAAAAAAAAUCAACUGUCUUCCAUUUCAAUUGAAAGAAUAUCGUUUUUUGUCGAAGUUACAAGUUGAUGAAGUAUCUAAAGCAAUAUGAGUAAACGCCCAAAAAGAUACAAACGGGCAUUAGAAGUACCCAGAACUACAGCGUAUAACAGAAAAAAGGCGCUACUCCAGAAAAGCAGUGAGGAAUCCAGCGAUUCUAGUACAGAUUUAAAUGAAGAUAUAAUCAGAGAGAUCGGUGUUCAAAAAUUAAUCAAACCUCACGAUGAACAGUUUUCUAAGACUAACGUCAACAUAUCUGACGAGUUAUCACGAGUAGGUGAAGAUAAUGAAAUUUCAUGGGACUAUGAGAAAUUGGAAAAUGUCAAAGGCGUUGUCAAAACUAUUUGUCUUGAUGAAUAUGCACCAGAUUACUACCACGUAGGAAACAGACAUGAGGUCAGCAAUAGUUAUUCCUAUUCUAUUGCCGAAAGUGAGGAAGAUUCUGACGCAGAAGUUGAUGAUGGAAGUGCAGAAAGGAAAAAAUACGAUUACCUUCACUCAUUUCUUGACAAGAUGGAUUUACUUAAUCCAAUUGACACUCCAGUUAACAAAAAUGUUGGAGAAGUUUUAAUGAUGAUUAUUAAAUAUUCAUUGGCGAAUUCAUUAACUUUAACAGCGACGGCAAAUUUAUUCCAGUUAAUUAAUUGUAUUUUUGCGAAACCUAUUCUUCCUGAGAGUCGUUACCUAAUUGACAAAUUGUUUAAUCCCACUUCUUCUACUACUUAUCACGCAUUAUGUACUACUUGCGGAAAAAAUAUUGGUACCUUUAGUUCCUCAGAUAUUGUGAAAAGAUGUGACAUUUGUAAUAUUGAUGUAAAUGUCAAAGAUCAAAUGUAUAAUAAUUUCUUUGUCACUUUAGAUCCUUCAGAUCAAAUUGCAAAUCUUGUAGAAGCGAAUAGUGAUUAUUAUAGCAACGUAAUGAACUAUGAAAGAAUAGAACCGGAUAUUUUUCGAAAUAUCUGUGACGGAAAAUUGUAUCGAAGGUUCUUGAAGCGUCUUCAUCCUAUUGAUAGAAAACGAUAUCUAACGGCUACUUUCAAUACGGACGGUGCUCCUCUUUUUGAGAGCUCGACUUACAGUAUAUGGCCAAUAUACAUUAUGCUUAACGAAUUGCCCUUUUCUGUUAAAACAAACAACUUAAUUGUUGUUGGUUUAUGGUUUUCUAAAAAAAAACCAGAAAUGAAUGUAUUUCUUGAACCAUUUGUUACUAAAAUGAAUGAAUUAGGAGAUGAAGGAAUUCCGUGUACUAUAAAUAACAAGGAAGAUAGAGUUAAGGUAUUUUGCUUAGUUUGUUGCGUGGAUUCAAUAGCCCGAGCUCCAAUGCUAGGUCUCACCCAGUUUAACGGUAAAUAUGGAUGCCCUUGGUGCAAAAAUCCUGGUUCGUGGGUAGAAAAUCCAAAUAAGGAAAAUUGUGGCAGCCAUAAAUAUACAUGGAUUAAUCCAGUAGGGUUGCUUAGAACAGAAGAAGAAACUCUUCAACAUGUGCAAGAAUGUACAGAAGAGAAACCGAUUUAUGGUUUUAAAAAUCCAUCCGAAUUAUUAAAUUUAAAUAAGUUUGAUAUAAUUGAUGGUUUCGUCCCUGACCCUAUGCACAUUUUAUCUGGACUAGGAAAACAAUUUGCUCAUGUUUGGUUUGGUGUUAAAUUAGGUACUUCCAGUGUUUUAACAAUGUCGGAAAUUGAAGAGAUUAACAGAAUUUUGAACUCAAUUAAAGUUCCACACCAAGUAGGUCGACUUACCCGGUCAUUAGUGGAUAAGGAACACUGGAAGGCCCGAGAAUGGGAAAAUUGGAUUCUCUAUUACAGUGCGCCAAUUAUGUCCUUAUACCUUGAUAAAAAAUUGGUAGAUCAUUGGGUAAAGCUUGUUGAAGCUAUUCAUCUUCUUCUGGGGUCAAAAAUUACACUCCUUGAGAUUAAUCGAGCUAACCAACUGCUGCAUGAAUUCGUUUAUGAUACGGAAUGUUUGUAUUCUCCAUACGCUAUGACGUUUAACAUUCAUCUUCUGCUACAUCUGGCUCGUAGUGUUUUAAACUGGGGACCACUGUAUGAACACUCAACAUUUGCGUUUGAGGCCGGAAAUGCAAAGUUAUUGAAUUCUGUCCAUGCUGCAAAAGGAGUUCACAAACAGAUCUGUAGAUAUAUUACUCUGAAUUCGAGCUAUAGAGUUCUUGAAAUCCGAGUUGACCCCUUUGCAUCUUCAGAAGUUAAAAAUUUUUGUACACAAUUAAGUAAACUGAUGAUCAAAACAACUGAAAAAUUAUCUACAGUGAGAUACUUCGGUAAGUCCUCAAGGGUACCUUCGGAUUUGAUAGAUGAGUUGCGUCUCUCUAAUGUAGCGCGUUCUUUUCAGAAAAUUACAAAAGACGGUUGUUUAUAUUUAACGUCGUUAAAAAAAAACAAGCGGUCAGAUAAUAGUUUCGCAAUAUUAAAAGAUGGCACUUAUGUGAAAAUAAGAUCUUUCAUAGUAGAUCGAGAAUUAGAGGUUCAGUAUGCUAUCGUACACCAAGUAGUAACGCACAACUCUUUUCGUAAUAAAUGUAAAAUGAUUCAAAAAAUUGUGGCUGUAAAUGUAAAUAAGAUUGCCAUAAAUACUUGUGAUAUCGAUAAAAUAUGCGUGCACGCACAAGUAGGUGACCAAGUUGAGUACAUUAUCGCUCUUCCAAAUUUAUGCAGUUAUUAAAUAAAUAGGAAAACUCGAAAAGGACUCAACUCCAUAAGAAAAGUUGACAUGAAGUUGUCUUUUCUUUUAUUUAACAUAAACUUUUAACCUGCGAAAUUAUUAUUAUUAUAAAAUUUGACGAUUAUAAAAUAAUCUUACGUAAUGAGUGCAAACAUCAGAAAAUAAAGAAAAUGAAUUUUUCCAUAUUAAAAAACUAUAAAUGCCAUUUUAUCAUGAAAAUGAUUUAAUUUGUUAUAUUAAUUUCAAAAAGGGCUUAAAUUCAAAAGCUAUAAUAUCAAUUUUCUUUAAUCCUCUCUCAUUUCAGACAUUUAUUUUGACAUUUCUUCAUGUAACAUAAUAGUUAAGAAAUAUAGAAAAAAGCUGUCCUCUUUUAAUUAAAACUGUUUAAAAAUAAUCAUAUUUUUGUAUCUCCUGAAAAAUUUAAAAAGAACGACUUGAGCACUUUUCGAAAUUCCGUAUUCCAUUUUUUUAAAAAAGAGUUAAAAUGAAAACCUGAAAUAACGUGAAGUUUGUAAUAGCAAAAAUAUUUAAAAAAUGUUGUAUUAUAAUGUUUGGAUACUUGUAAAUUUAAAAUACUUUUAAUAAACUAUGGUAUAUUAAUUUCGAAAUACAUGUAAAACAAGCUUGGAUAAUGUGCACCCGCAUGGUAAUAUUAGUAUAUGAAUGUAUAAAUUCUUUAUAUUUAUAAAUUUAAAAUAUAUUUUUAAUGUAUCACACUCUAAAUUUAAAUUAAUUAAAAAUAACUAAUUAUUAAUACAA